ACUGUAAAAUUUCCCUCUCACACUUAGUUUAUUCUCUUCCUGUCUCAGCAUGGGUGCCUCUUUUAAUUGAUUCUAUCGAGGGUUUUGCAUCUGUUGUUGUUUGUUUGUAUUCUUCAUCUUCUAAAUUAAAGUCCUUUUUUCUCUUCUUCUGUACUUUCACUCCAUCACCAGUUGGAUCUGAUUCUCUCUUCUAACUACCUCUCUUUCUUCAGUACUCGAUCACUAACUAGCUUCUGCCUUCUCUCUCAUAAAUCUGUGAAAGGUUGAGUUCCAGUACCUCAUAAAGAACAAUCCAUAGUUUGUACAUCUAAUCUUUUGUUUCUUGUUUAGCUCUGUUUUGACUUUCUGAUCUCAAAUCCUCAACUUCUAAACAGCUAAAAAUAUAAACGAAAGCGAAAUCCUUAAAUUUGAUUUAGAUUCUUUGCUUAAUCUUCUUCUCUUAUUUGCUCUUUUACCACAAUUCAACAAAACUGGCUAACCCUGGGUGGACCAAUCAAGUCAGCAUGCCGGGCAUGGGCCCGGCUGCCAGUUCACCGAUUCUAAACAAACGUGACCUUGAAAUCUCUGUAAACGAAACCAGAAGCAAUGAAGAUGAAGAAGACAUCACGGGAACCAUCAGCACCCGGUGCCCUGACGGCACUACCAGGUAGGUUUGAAAUUUUGUCGUUGACUGCGGCUUUUUUGUCCGGACCAGCUCCUCCAGGCUCAACUGGGCUAACGGUGAACUUGGCCGGCGGACAGGGUCAGGUGGUGGGAGGGAGUGUGGUGGGGCAACUGGUGGCAGCUGGCCCUGUGACAGUCAUAGCCGCCACGUUUGCAAAUGCCACGUACGAGAGAUUGCCUCUAGAAGAUGAUGAAGAGACUGGCGGUCAAGGACAGAUCCAAGGGCCCGCUGAUAAUUCGCCUCAGCAAAUUGAAAGCAGUGGCCACCACCCUCACACUGCUCUUCCUGAUCCUUCACAAAUCUCUAUUUAUAAUCUGCCACCAAAUGGCGGUCAGCCACAAGAGGCUUAUAGUGGGGCUCACACGCGCCCGUCUUUCUAGCUAGAACUACAAUUUCUAUUUAUAAAUUGAAGUUUCCUUGAAGGUGGAGCAUUCAAUGUAUCUCAGCUUCUUCCUUUGCCGCAUGGCUCCUCUCUGGCACUUUGAUGAUCUGGAAGAUCAAUUGCAGACAGUCCAACCCUCCUCGCCAUAUGUUGACAGCUUCACUGUGAAUAAAAGCAUGAUGAUCGAUCAAGUCCCGUAAAGUUUUCCCUUUUUUUUUUUUUUUCUAAUAAGGAAUUCUAUUUGAGCCGAGUCAAAAAGAGACUUAAAUUCAGAAUUUUUUUAUGUACAAAACCCUUUCUUUUCUCACCCAGAUGACUCAUUUGACAGAUCCCUUAAAGUUGAUUGAAAGCUUUUUCUUUUGGAAGACACAUGAAUUGUUGACAGAAUGGGGGAUGCUCUUCUCCAUAAUCUGGCAGGAGAACUUUUGAAAGAAGGUGAGACUUGAUUAGGUGACAGAGGUGACUCUUGCUCCAAGAUCUAUUAGUUUUCUUCUGUUAGAUUAUAAUAUUAAUUUGGGUAAAACCAUCUGUUAUACUUAUCGCUCAUUUGGCAUUGCAUGCCCUUGUGAUGAUAAUUAAAGGCUUUGUUGAAUAAUUGUUCCAAACAUUUUCCCAUAUAUUAUUCUUAUAUUA